UUCAGCGGGUGUUAGUGGUUUUGCCAAUUCGGUUGAAUUCGCGACAUAAUUAUUGUUAUGCCUCGCGUUUUGAUAUUAAACUUUGUGUAGUUUCUUUUUCAUGAAUUAAAAGUUUCAAUUCUCAUGAAACUAAACAUGAGUUUAUCGUUAGCAAAGCAAAAUCCCGGUGCUACAUUCCGAUGCGGAACUUGACCUUCUGUUUCGACUGGCUUUGCAGCCCAUUCUCAGUGUACAAGAUAACUACAUGGCUAGGUGUUACGAUACCUACUGACUGUAUCUAGCGUUUAUCUUUAUGAAGUUUAAUAGUGAAUCUCAGAAAGAAUAUCAAGUGAUUAAAAUCUCAAAUAAUAUAGUGGUAAUCUUCAUCCAUUGUGAGCUAUGUAAAAAUUUGAUAAAGUGAAAUUUGAAAAAGUACAAAAAGGCUAACAAAGUGGAUUGGUAAUACACAUAGUAAUACUACUACUAGCAACCGAACAAGCAACUAACCAACCAACCAACCAACCAACCGAUGAUCGACCGAUGAAUAUGUAAUUGAGUUACGACGGUUGUGAUCAAACAACCUGCCGAAUUACGGUUUCGUGUGUCGAUUAUUGCUCACUGACGCGCAAAAGAGCGUAAGAUCGAAAAAAAAGUGAAACGUUCAAAAUAGAUAGCAGCAGCAGCAGCAGCAGCAACAGCAGAGAGAGUGAAACGAGAGCGGUCUGUGUGCGUAUGAUAAUGAGAUGUUCGGCAUCGAGAAGAUGUAUGCGUUGGGUGUAGUAGAGUAGUGCAACAGUCAAGUUAAGUGAGUACGACGCAAGAGAGCAAAUUUGUUCGAUAUCUGCUCCUGUCCACCAUUGGGUCUAUUAUCUCCGUUCGAUCAGUGCCCUCGCGCGAAGUGUUAUAAUCUCGAAAGUUAUCAAGUAGCAACUCGCAACAUGCAGUGGAUAUGAUCUUCCAUCUUUUCACGUGCCAAUUCUGCAGCUGCGAACGUAGAUGCCUAUAGAUUGUUGUGAAUUUAUCUGUUCAGUUAACCGCACCAUGCGAGAGGUACGUUACCGUUGAAGGCAAGGCGAGUCGCUUCCGGAGCACUACGCGUGUGUCCGGUGUACUGGUCAUGUUCGAACGUCGACCGCUAUUCGGAGCUCUGCUCGGACUGACACUGGUAGUGACAGUAUGGCACAUGUCGUUUCAAGAAGCCGCCAGCAGUACCAGCGGAAGUAGCAGUAGCAGUAGCAGUAGCAGUAGCAGUAGUAGUAGUAGUAGCAGCAAUGGUGUUGGAUCAGGAUCGUCGUACCUGGAGUCGGUAGCUAUCCUUCCACCGUACAUGCAAGCAUCGUCCCUGGCAGUAUCGACACCACAUCACUUGUUAGCUGCGGCACCGCCAUCUCGCGACGGUACAGCAGACGCUGGUGGUGGAGUAGCAGAGCUGGACGGCGGUGUCACAGUGGAAGGUAGCUCGAUUACGAAUCAAAGCUUCCUCCCACUGUUGCUCUCGUCGAUGUUAAUCAAUCCAGUAGAAAUGUUGCCAAAAGAUGAUUAUAGCAGUUUGAUAGAUCUGAAAGAUUUUAAGUUUACCAUCAAUUUUAACAACUGUAGUGAUAACGGUAGAAACAAGUAUGAAAGUGUUCGAACUAAUAGCCUUAAGAGUGAGGAGCAGCCGCGUGCACCAUUAAUUUUAGUCCUAGUUCAUUCGGCACCAACCAACUGGUACAAGCGCAAUACAAUUCGUGAUACCUGGGGACAGUAUGAUCCGCGAGCGAAGCUCGUCUUCCUGGUUGGAGCGGUCAAUUCGAGCACCCUCCAGCAACGAAUAGAGCAGGAGAACCGCAUGUAUGACGAUAUCGUUCAGGGCAACUUCAUCGACGCUUAUCGAAAUAUGACGUACAAGCAUGUGAUGGCACUAAAAUGGUUCACAUAUCACUGCCCAGAAGCCAAAUACAUCCUGAAAGCAGAUGACGAUGUCUUCAUCAAUACUCCGGCGUUGUACGAUGUUCUCGAAACGAGUUCACCAAGACGGAGGCUCCUGUUUUGCCAGGAAAUUAGCAAGGCACCGGUGAAACGGACCCACCGCUCCAAGUGGUACGUCAGUAUCCCGGAGUACCGUAACAAAUACUAUCCUAACCAUUGCCCCGGUUAUUCGAUUAUCUAUACACCGGAUGUGGCAUUCCAGCUGUACAGGGCAGCACAGCAGCAGCCCUACUUCUGGAUUGACGAUGUGCAUCUCACGGGAACGAUAGCGAAACUGAUUAAUGUUACCAUCACGCCGACGGGUAGUAUGCUACUUAACCAAAGCCAAAAGGAUGCAAUCAUCGAUAACAAACUGAAUGCAACCGAACAACUGUUCUUUUUCACCACCCCGGACCUACGCGAAGGAGAAAUCCGGAAGUUGUGGAAAGCGGUCACUCUGUCGAAAAGCGGUAGAUAGUAAAAAAAACCCAUGCGCCAAAUUGAAAGUGAAACGUGCGAGUGUAGGAGCGUUUGUGCUGUUGAACUAAACUACUGAUCAAGAUCAACUGCAAUUAGAACCUCGAUCUGAUUAUUAUGAAUCUCGUUAUACACAUUAGACAAAAGUUUAAAAUUUUUCUGAUAUUGUUUCGUCCUUCGAGUCUUACGUAUAUUGUUUAAGCAGGUAAAAUGCAAAAUUCAUAUCUUGAGCUACGAUCUCACUAAAUGUUAUUAGAUUUACUUUCUAAGAUCUGAAUCAAACAACGGUGUGCUUGAUAUUUCAAUUGUGAUUCCUAUGCGAUAAGUUUCAAUAUCGGACUAACGGUUAACGUGGAUGUGAGAUUCUCCUUUCUAGAUCUAGAAUAUUGGAUAAUUUUUUUUUCUGAACGGGGUAUGCGAUUGUGAAAGGCUAGUUUUCUUCUGAUAGCAACGGUAGAGUGUUUCGAACCUCAAUGGUAAUGUAAAUAACUAAGAACAUUUUUUAACAAAUCGCCAUUACCGUUACUAACACAAACUAAUGUUGGAAAAAGGAAGGAAAUACAUUCCCUCUAAAGAAAGCCAGUCGUAUGCCGAGGACUAUUGGCCAUAAUGCCAGUGAUUACCGGUGAAAAUCACACUGCAGAAUAUGGUUUCAUUCUUUAGAAUUACUCGAGGAUUCUUCCCAGUAGUGUCGAAUAUACGAAUAUUUUCACAUUGAUCAAUGUAUACACCUUUAGGGACCAAAAAUGUGAAGUGGAAUUCGAACGUCAUAAAUAUUUUUCGUCUAAGUCAUCAUCAGUGAUCGAUUUAUAAAUUGAUGAGAAAGCUCAAGCAAUCACUGUGGAAAACAACUUUUGAAUCGAGGCCCGGAGGGUAGAUCACUAUUCGACUAUUCGACUCAGUUCGUUGAGACCGAUGAAUGUAUGUAUUUUUGCAUGUGUUUUUUUUUAAUUUUUUGACGUAGGACUACCGUGUUUGUUUUCUAUAGAAGUGCGAAUUCAAAAUAAGGAAAAUCAAAUCGUACAAACAGUGGUCAGGUUUUGAACACCUACAGCUCAUUCAAUUUUAAACAUAUUUUUGAUAUAAUUACGCCUAGUAAAGCCUUGGUAAUAGAUUCCUAUUGUGGAAUUAUAUCUUCUGCUUCAACAGAUUUCGCAGCCGAUUCAUAGCAUACAUUGCAUACCUGGGGUUACGAUCUUAUUGACACUAAGAAUCCUUCCAGGUCCAGAGUCAACAUCCAGAGGCAUCAUUACACCACUAAGUGGUUUAAAAUCGAAGGUUUUUGUUAGUUAAACGGAUUUUUUUUUCAUUCUAGUAACUAUUUUAAUAAAACUUUGAUUCUGUAAUUGGAUCUCGUUGUCACCCUUUUCUCCUGGGGGAGAGAGUUUGUAUUUCCGUUGAGCGAGGAUUGAAGGGCAAUUUGUUCAUUCCUCGUCGAUGUUGUUGCUGUUGCCAAAAGUAUUGUUGUGAGUGAUUUCUGUUUUCUUUUCGUUUUCAUUGUUGUUCGCAGUCUUGGAGUCGUCGCGAAUUGCUGUGGGUGCACUUUGUUGUACAUUGAUUGCAGUUGCUAUUUGAUUCGAUGAUGAAAGCGUUUUUGAACCUGGAGUACUGAAUUCACUAAUUAUCGCUGCUGAACGAUUUCCUGAAAAAAAAAUCUGUUUUAAUCCACCUAGUGGUGUAAUGAUUCCAGAGCUGCUAAAUGGCACUAUCAACUAGCAACUUUGCACGACGAAGAUUGGAAAGUUUAUGUCACUGAACUGCUGCCAACCAGGCUCUACCAAUCAUCAUAUAUUGAGUGUCAGAGAGCCGAUCUGUCAUAACUUAAAUUCUCAUGAUAUUACACGCACCAGGACGCUCAUUGAUUGCCGAUGCGAUUGAUAUUAUCUUCAUUUCUCCUGUCACUGCUUGAUUACGAUGUGACUAAAUAUUAAUCAAGCAGCAUAAACAUUGAAUUAAAUCUAUUUACACUAAUAAAGUCCGAAGUCCGAUGAAUUUUUGCAAAGAACAAUGAACUUAUCAAUUUAUGUUUAUGUUAGUACUCUCAUGGUUUUUUUACUUCAACAGGGAAUUAGGUUUUUUACCGUCACUGCUAACCUCAAUCGGAUGAACACAUUUUGACAGUUCAGCAGUACUAUUUGUAAACAGAAAUUUCUUUUGUUUGUUUAUUGACAAAUUGGAUCAGACCAUUUACGGUUCGUAUCGCCUAAAUAAAGUUUUAAAACAUUUGUUCACGAUUGAAUACGGUUCGUUUUUGAUAUUUAUUAAAUAAAAGUGACUAGUUGCAAAGUGUAAAGAUGAUUGUUUCAGAUGUGCUCUUCGAUUUUUGUUUAAGCUUGUUUGUAAACAGUACCGCUGAACUGUCAAGGAUGAAUACUUGUUCAUUUGUAUCGUCACGAUAAAAAACCUAAUAGGAGAAUGAGAGAGAAAACAAAAAAGUCGUCUGUCUUUAACUGAGUAUACUUCUACUUCGGCUCCCUGUCACGACGCCAUCUUGAUGAGAUCAAAAUCGGCACUUCAAAAUCAGCUGAUUGCAACGUAAACAAGCAAAGCAAAGUCCUGGCAUAUCAUUCCUUUUGUGGAAUUUGGCCUUUCUGUUUCAACAGACUUCGCAGCCGAUUCUUAGUGUACAGAAUCAUUGCAUGGCUAGUACUAUAGAUUCUACUGACACUAAGAAUCCUUCCAGGUCGGGGCUCGAACAUACGACAACUGGUUUGUAAGACCAGCGUCCUAUGCAUUGAACCGCCAACCCGGGAUAACGUAAACAAACAAACAGUAAUACAUUUGUUUUACGCGUUUACCUUGUAUAGUGCACGAAAAUUAGUGAAUUUCUGUCGACUCUCUCACAAUAACUUGUCGGUUUACCUAAAAUAGAGCAGACAGUGUUUUGGGACAUCAAGUGGAGAUAAUUUUCACAAUUUGAGAGUCGCGAUGAGUAUUAAAACAUCGCAUUGUUUGGGGCUCGAAACGCGAGGGGCUCAACGUAAUCGGUAUACUUUCAAAUGGCUGGUGCUCACAUACCUGUGUCAGAUGGGUGUUCUACUUGGUCAUAGAACUAUCGAGUAUCUCAUUUGACAGACACUUGGCCGUACCGAUUACAGUUGACGAUGAUUUUAGUCAGUCUGUCAAGGUCAUUUGAAUGAUCCCUUUCUCAUGUAUAAUAUUGUGGUAUUCUAUUCGAAAUUUUUCUCUUCGAUUUUCGAAAGAAACUAAGGGAUUGUUUGCGCAUUAACUAUUUUAAAAUGAAGAAUGAAACAGGUUAGGUCAUCCAUUAGAAAACGAAGUGGGUUCACUAUUAUAUGUACUUCCGGCACCGGACCCCGAGAACUCGUAUAUUCGAAGUCGUACGGCCACAUGACGUACAAACUCUACUAGUUUUGAUUCAAAUUGUGAAGAUUUUAUACAAUUUUGCCAUCGCACUCUAAAUGAUGAUUUAAAUUUUUGUUAUAUCCAAAAAUAUGCAGUAAUUUUUGGUAGGACCAAAAGACCUUUCAUUCGACCCUAAGAUUGGGAAUAACGGUUUUGAGUCCAGUUUACAACAUUGUUUUACGGUUUUUGUUCCGCCAAUUUAAGUGACGGUGUAUAAUAUUCAACACACUUCACCCUAUAACUUCUGAACCGGAAGUCGGAUCCGGAUGAAAUUCAGAAAUUCCGCAUGCGACCGUGAGACAUUUCAUUUGAAUCUAAGUUUGUGGAAAUCGGUCAAACCAUCGCUGAGAAAAGUUAGUGAGAUCCAUUUUGGAAUAUAUAACCACUAUUUCUGGUGCUUCCGGAACCGGAUACCGGGAACCAGGAUAGCCGGAAUCGGUUUGUUUAAUUGCCUACUGAUAAUAACCAUCGAUUUGUGUAGUUUUGAGACCAGUUUAGAAAAUGAUUUACGUGUUUUGUUUCGCCGAUUUAAGUGAUGGUGUAGAAUAUUGAACACACUUUACCCUAUGACUCCGGAACCGGGAAUCGGAUCCAGAUGAAAUUCAGGAAUGCCGUAUGGAACCGGAAAACCUUACAUCUAAAUCUAAGUCGGUAAAAACUUUGAAUGCAAAAACCGGAUAAAUACAUUUGUUCUGGAAGAACUGGUUGAGUUUUUUGUCCGCUUUUUGCAUUCAAAGUUUUCCUAUCCGGUUCUUACAAAAAAGAUGUCUUUAAACGAUUCUUGCAUUGCAAAGUCCAUGUCCGGUUUUUGCGCUCAAUGUUUUUAUCCGGUUUUUGUAUUCAAAAAUACUUAAACGGGUUUUCUAUACUAAGUUACACUUAUCCGACUUUUGCAUUCAGUCGUUCACAUGAGAAAGGCAAAAUCAUCGCCACACUUUCCUUUCGAUGGAAAGAAUUUCUUCGUACUGCGACAUCUUUUCUAGAAUCUAAUGCUAUUGACCUGCGGGGGAAGGUCCUGUACACGCACUUCUAUAGUCAACCGCGUACACAAUGAUUUUGUACUGAACUUUAAUAUCCUUGUGGCAAAUCACUGAAGAAGAGAGAACUCAAAACCAUAGAGGUAGUUCGUGAUGGAAUCAAACAUGAUAUGUUGUUCGACUAAAGUACUAUUUAAACGCUAUAUCAGAUGACCACCAUCGGCAAGGAGUUGCCUAACACUUAAUCACACGCCUAGCACCUAUAUACGUUUCAAUAAAGCCUUAAAAUUAUCUAAACGAACGGUGAAGUCCCCUUUAACGUGGACGGACGUUGACUGAUUGUCUGAAUCGUACUUAAAGCUGUUUGAGGUUAGGUAUUCCGCAAUAAAAAUAAGUUCAUGUCAAAAUGUCUUAUGUGGUUGUAAAUGAGCUGUCAGAAAGCCUAUUUUAAGUGCAACACAACACACUUCGAACACACUAUUGUUCACUACUCUGUACUGUCGAUUUUCGACUGUUUCGGAAGAGAUGCGAACACGUACUGAUUAUUAAGAAAUGCCAAGUGUUAAAAAAUAAGCGUUGCGAAAGAAAGGUCAGGAAAAAAAAUUAGCAAUAUUAUUUUAUUUCUUCCCACUUUGUCUGCGACUCGUUAGCGCUUGAGAAGUUCAUACAUAGCAGUGGAACUUAAGUGCUGCACAGACUCCGAUUGAAAUUCUGGAUCUUGUAAGGGUCCGAAAGAAACUUCUGGAUCUUGUACAGCUCAGACGGUAACCUCUAUCCGAUACAUUGAGAUCGUCCACCAAGUCAGUGGCACUACGUCGAGAAUUCCUUUUAAGACGUCUUUUGACCAAGUAUUUACAACAAUUUGGCGUCCCCCAUCAUACCGUUUUAUUUUUUUGGUAUUGCCGGUCUACAGAUAUCUUUUGAUUGUACGAUGUACAAAACUUCUGUGCAGACGUAAAUCUGACAGCUCCCGAAUUCUGUUAUGUUUUCCAGCUGGAACCCACUCAGCAAGCGAUUGCACUGGUGAUGGAAUUUGUUUGGAAUGCAUUAUGCUUUCCACAUGGAAUUCCGAAUUAACAUUUUUCGCCGAUUCGGAAUUCAUUUGGAUCUGAUAAUGUGGGGAUGAGUAAUGAAUUCGUACUCGACUGUUAAGCGACUUUUCAGUGCUCGAUCGCUUCAGUGCUAGAAUUUUUGCCUGAGUUGGGUGCUCAAUGAAGUGAUGGUUACAUUAUAAAUGUCAUUGAAUUAUCGCUCAUUUUAUUAAUGUGUUAGUGUAAAAGUAAGGCGACUUACGUCAUUUCAUUAUAUUGUGCAUGCAGAAAAAAUCAGAAGCGACGUCUCUCUUGCCUGAUUAUAUUGCUCCAGCGAAGUUCACUGUGCACCAAUGGUAUGUAGACUAUCGUGCGAUAUAUUAAUCACUCAUAAUUGCACGAAAAUUCACUCCCUUGUAACGUUCAGUAUCAAACCCACAGAAUCCUUAACAUACAUUCUCCACUUAAAGCGCAUACUGAAAGUGAUAUUCCAUCGUUAUGUGCUUUGAUAGUAGAGGCAAGACAAUGUAUUCAUUUAUGUUGAAGCACGUGGUUCAUAAACAAGACAACAAAAUAUAGAUAAAGUAACAUGAUUCUAUCAGUUGAUGAAUAUGAAAUGGCAGUUCAACUGACGUCGCUCGGCAACGUCGCUGCGCUGAACUGUCCAGCGAAUUGCAGAUUAGUGUUGCAGCGACAAUACUACAGCUAGAGUAAUGCAUUAUGCUGACUAAGAUUGUUCGCAACGUUGUUUUAUUACAUGUGGGUUAAUCUAUUUUAGAUCUACGACUAAACCAUGUCAAUUACAACGCUGAGAUCUAGUUUUAUUUUUCCAGCACAAAUUUGAAACAGCUCGACGAUUUUUUUUUUCAAAUGAAUGAAAAUUUGAAACACGAAGAGAACACUGUUUUAAAUUUCUUACGUGAGUGUGGGUAGCGAGAUCUGACAGGCGAAAUGUCAAAGCGUCGAAUGGCAUAUCAGAAAUUGUCAUUAUAAGCGGGAAAUGUUUUGCACUGAAUAAUAUAGUAUCAUUUAAAAGCACUGUAGCUCACUAUCUCCGAGAAAUUUUCUCUAGAAGGUCAUGACAAAACUUUAUAUCGUUUAAAUCAUGUAUUUUGUUUUUUUGUUGCUGAUUUGAAACAUCACAGUGAGUUUAAGUAACACCUAUACAUUAAUAUUAUUUUUGACAGUUUUAGAUUAUACGACAACCUGUCAUUUUAGAACUGAUAUCCAGCACAGCGUUGCGCGUAGCCUAAGGUAGGCCUUUUUGUUAAUUUUCGGCUUUAAGCGAAAAUGACAGUGUCAUCAAGAUUCAUGCACGCUAAAAAUCGGCUUCGAAAUCUAGUGAAACAGAAGAACGAAUUCGAGAAAAGAAACUUUCAGAAAGCUUUCUCUCCAGUAUCAGUUUGUAUCACGAAACUGGAUAGUCAAUUGAUAGAAAACAGAUAGAUAUAAAAAUAAUAAAUGCUUUAUGGAGCGGCACAGCUGAAAAAGUAACGCAGAAAUGUUAAUUAGAUUCCAUUAUUCUGAAGCUAAACACCAGACUAUAGGACUCCACAGAAGCAAAAAACACAAACGCCAAUUCAAGGUCUCAGGGCAGACUAGUUUUUCUGCACUUAAAGAAAGCGGUUUGGCGCAAAUAUUUGUCCGAGGGAAAGGGGGACAAAAAGUUUUCUCCAAAUAUAGAAUGUUGCGUGUCCUGCCGAUCUAGCCGAACUGUUCUACAAAAGAAACCCUGACCACUUUCCGCUGCGGCAGACCACAGAGUGUACGCAAAUAGACAGACAGACCCUUUCUUGAAUCAUUUAAAAUAAUACUAAACUUGGUGUUUUAAUGAUAAUGACACGUUUGUCGUACUCGUACCUGCUUCGGCUUUGCGAAACAGCACCCACGUGUCUCCGUCUGGGGAGCGAGGGUGGCGAAUGGCGCCAAUGUCAUGAGGAUUCAGGUGCCACUGUUUGUCGGCCGGCGACAAUCUUCUGCUUCCGUCGUUUGAUAAACCCGAAAGGACGAAGGCAUCGACGUUAGGUCAGUAUAUGUUCUAACAUCAGACUUUUGUAAGUAGCUCCAUGUACGUGUCCGUUGGCAAUCAGGAGCUGCAUUCGAGCAAAGAUUAGUAUUAGAGGGUGAAAAUGUGUGAUCGCCAUUGAACCAAACUGGAAAGAUGGGCGGGGCGCUGUGGGGAAGUAUGAUGGUUGUCGGAAUGGUCGUAAAAUAAAGCAACCGACUGAUAAAAUACGAAUGGGGUGUAAACAUUGGUUCAGCCAGUUCUAAAGUCAUACGGAUCGGCACAUAAGGGUUAUAGCCAUGUUAGUUGCCAUUGUUGCAGUUUAAUCGAUGAAUGCGGCUACUGUCAGUCAAUUGAGAAUGUGAUAAUUUUGUGGAUUAUUGCUAUUGAUUCUUCUGUAAGCAGUAUGCCUACAACAAAUUGUUUUAAAUAAUGGGUUCAUAGCUGAUUCCGUUGAGGUCCCGUAAUAAGCGAUAUUUUGAACGUGCAGUCCAACGUCUAACGAAUCACUACGGAACCGAAGUUGAAUUAUAUUUGAAACCUAAAUAUUCAAAUAUUCAAUGUUAUAUUUCGUAUUGACACAACAUUCUGAGAUGUUCCGAUCUUAUAUUACUUUUCCAUUGUGAAAACUGCCGAAACGAUCAGUUAAUCAGUCUUCAGAAACGGUUUAUUUCGCUUCAGAUUGGAACCGGAGCAGGCGUGUGUGUCGGACGCAAUAAUUUUUCACUCUCGAUUUAGAAAAACGAAUUUUUACAUAUAUUCUAGUGAAAUAGAGUGAAUUUCUUAAAUUUAAAAAUUUACAUUUGAACUAGUGAUUUUCAUAAUUAAUCAGCGGAAAGCAAUCAAUCAGGCUCGGCUGGACACUCUGACGACAUCGCAUAAAUCCUGGCAGAAUAAACUAGAAAUUCGAAGAAGUAGAAGCUUAUGUCGUUUUCGCUUGAUGCCAAACUUAACCCAGUUUCCACCCUACUGCUGUCAAACCGUUUAUUUGAAGCUAGCUUCGAACCUAGUUUCAACGUUGUUGAACUGAAAAUCGAGUCAGUUUCGAACCUGGUUUUUUAUCAAGUUUCCUCAAACCUCCGUUGCUAAUGUAGCGUUUACACUAUUGCUGGUUGCCAGCAUGCUGGUGCCAGUGUAUUGCCCUCUUAGGAAAAAAACGUUCAACGGUGGUCCUUCGUUGGUCUAAUAUUUAGGAUUAUUGAACCACAGUUGAACGUGUUUUCCUAAGAGGGCAGUACACUGGCAGCCAGCAGAAGUGUAAACGGGGCAUAAGUGCAAACCCAACACAGUUUCGUGAAAAGUGCUUGUUUGAUGAAACUACCCUGGGUCAGUUUCAGUUUUCUCAAGCGAAAACGGCAUUAAAAAAGUAGUCAGGUUUUGAACACUUACAGCGCGGUCAAUUAUGCGUCGGUUAGUAAAAUUAUUGUAUUGGUACUACUUCUACGCAUCAAUUUGAUUUGAUAAAGUCAUGUCUUUUCAAUUUAAAAACCAUGCAAAAAAUAGUUGCAAUGUAAUAUUUCGUUUGCAAACAAUCUAAAACGUUAUGCUGGGAUACGGGCUUCACGACGUAAAAUACACUGGUGGCGUAAUUAGACAGUUUUGGUUGUGUUGGUAAUUUUCUCACGAAAUUAAGUAUGGCGCGCCGGGAUUCAAGCAUGUAAACAUAAACAAACGACCAUUUCAGAUCGGGAUUUCACUUCUAAGUUACUCCAGUUGUCGCGCAGCCUGGCGAAUCUUUGGCACUAAUUGAAAAUCUGGACAUUUUUCUUCAAGGGCUUGCAAGGUAACGUCUAAAUAUAGAAAAUUGUACACACAUCCGAUUCUAUUCAUUUCGUUGGAGGAAGGAUUUGGCGGAUCGCACUGUGGUAUCUAUUACAGUUAUUAUGGAUAAUGGAGUGAUUGUGCUGUAGGUGGCAUUUCAAAUGCAGGUGAUGAAAACGAUUGAAACAUUUCGGAACAAAACACCGCAUUUCACUGCCAAUAUUUUCGCAAACAGAACCAACUCUAAAUAUUUUCAUAAAAGCAACUUUCAGAACGUCAUUUGUUUAUGUAUUUUCUUCUUCACGUCUCUCUGUUAUUCCAAAAUAAAAUAACAACCGCACUAACACAUAGAAAAACGUGAUCACCAGGGUAUUUUACAUCGUGUACGGGCUUUACCUUAAGCGGCCCUUACACGUGACAAUAUUAUUGUCAAUCCAACGUAUUGUCAAUACCGUCAAUCCAAUUAACUUGGUAACUUGAGUCCGCAUUUUUCGAACAAAUCAAGCGUUUGAAGCUUCAAAUAUUGCAACUGAACAUUGAAACAUUGAGAGAAGAGUUCAUUGCACAUAGUUAACAGUUUCUUCUCUGGAGAGAAAGUAUUGUCGGAUUGAUGAGCAGUUUUGAUUUUUUGACAAUAUUUUCGUCAAUCCAAUGAAGUUUCCAUUACACGAUCAAAAGUAUUGUCAAUACUCCUUGUAUUGACAAUAAUAUUGUCUCGUGUAAGGGCAGCUUUACGGAGACGAUGGUUUUGAAGCAUAGAUGCCAGGUAAAAAUUUCAAAUAUCAUCAAACAGGGUUGCAAAAUUCAGUAAAUCUGAAAAAAGUAUGCAGGCUUCAAUUUCUAUAGAAAGUUUCAUACUAUAAACUGACUUGGCGAGCAAAAAAAACGUCGCGGCAAUUUCAAAAGCCUGUAAACUUUGAUCAAAAUCUGCAAAAAGCUUGAUUUCCAAAAGUCUGCAAAAAAAGUCUGCAACAAACAAUGUCUGCAGCACUAUAUACGAAAUAUGCAGAUUUACAGACAAAUCUGCAGACCUGGCAUAUCUGUUUUGAAGGAGCAAGUGACAAAUGUUAUGGAAUGAGAAAAUGAUGAUUGCCUCAAUCUGAAUCGCUAACACAUAAAAAGAGCGUGAUAUCGCGCCGCCACAACACACGCUAAAAAGCGACACCUAGCGCCAUAAUUAUGUUUGCAUACGAGCAUAUCCGAUACAGUGACUGAAGGAUCAAGAGUAAACCAAGUUAACUUGUGUUGGUAAUUUUUGUAUUACGUACAUUUUAUUUGGUACGUAUGCCAUAUAUCUGUGUAUUCAUAUAUGCAGUGCACCGAGUUUCUCAAAGUGGAUUCCACGAUUGAGUUUCAAACAAUCUUUUUUCACAAUAAUUUAUUUUCAAAUGAAAGUUAAGCCUGACAUCUUGGAUGAAAUAUCAGUUUUGAUCAAUUUUUCACCAACGUUUGAUGGGAAAUUGCUUACAUUUUAUGAAUCAGGAUUUUAAUUCCCUAAUAAAAAAGUUAGCAACACUGCUUCAAUGCAUUUGUAUUAGAUUGCGCUACACUAAAUAAACAAAACUAAAUAUUUUCUGUUAAAAAAGCAGUUGGCCGGAAAAAUAAAUAAUUUUACGACAACAUUCCAUAUCAAUUGCCUUUCGCGUGUUAAAUUAAAGGUUCCUAUUUUGCGGCUUUACUUACAGAAGGUAUGUACACACUUAAAUUUUUUAGCUGAGUCUCGGCAAAAAAAUGCCGAGAUUCGCACAGCCGAGUAAUCAGCAAUCAUCUCGGCAAAAAUAAAAUAACUGAGCGUCUCCGCACCCUCAAAUUUGACAAUCGUCAAAUAUUGCCGAAGUCGCCAGCAUAAGAUUUACUGUUUGCUCAGUGAAACGUUCGCUGAAUAUUCGGCAAUCCAAUAAAACGAAAAAAUGAAAAAAAAAUUACCGAAUCAUCAGUAAUUAAAAAUCUAGUCAAUUAAUUUUGUUUGUAAUUUCUAAACAUUAUAAACACACCAUUCAGGAUCAAAAAUUCAUUUUAUUAACACUUAAAGGAGGCUUACAAAUUUAUUGUCAGUAGUGCUUAAAGCCUCUACCUUGAAGCAUUUUACCGAAAUAUCAGUGAAUGCAUUUAACGAAGUUCAGAAACAUGCGUAUUGAUUACUGAACAAUCAGCAAAUUUAGGUGUUGCUGAUCAGUUUCGGCAUUUUAUUAUGCCGAGCUCAAGAAAUGGUUUUAAGUGUGUAAAUCUUUAUAUCGCAAUAAUUUCUGCAAGAGGAAAUCCAUAUAGGAAUGUGUUUGUUGCUAAUCAAAUGUGUCAGUGGAAGUAAGCUGAAACUGAAAUAAUUUUUCUCGAGCAGUUUUAAGGAAAACAUAAGAGUUUUAGACUUAGAUUUUCGCUUUUCUUGAAUUGCAAUUUAAGUAGUAUGAACCGAUUGAUUUAUUUUUCAAUCAUAUGGAAGAUUUAUGGAGUAAAAUCAGGCAAAGAAGCGCCGGAAUUUAUUUUUACGCACACAUUGUUGGCAUUACUCAUACGCUUGCAAAAAAUCUUACUCCUGAAUAUCGAGAUCCGAGAAGCAACGUUCACUGCGAUAAACACAAUUGCAUACAUUUGAACUAGAUAACACUAAAUCUCGACGUUUCAUGCAAUUCUAAGACCUUUGGGCGCACCCCCUACCCAUAUCCGAUUUAGCUCGAAUUUUGCAUUUUGUAAGAACUUACACUUACUGCUUACACUUUUGAGCACUAACGCUUUACGAAAUUAGAGGUGUUCCCAAAAUACUGGCACCCUUAUAUAUAAAAUCACAGCCAUUUGAUCUUCGAACUUGAUCAAUGGCUCAACAGUAGCUUUCAAAUGAGCCGAAGCUUGUUAAAAAUCGGUUCAGCCAUCUCCGAGAAACUUGCGCGGUAAAAAAACAACGCGUUUUGUCGGUUACUUCACUUAUACCAUCAUGUCUUCGGAACCAAAAGUCACAGCCAUUUGAUCUUCGAACUUGAUCAAUGGUCUAACAAUAGCUUUCAAACGUGUCUAGGCUAGUUAAAAUCGAUUCAGGCAUCUCUGACAUAAUUGAGCGGUAAAAAUAUCUUCGAAAAGAUCACAUACCCAUACGCACACACAGGCAUUUUCCGAUCUCGUCGAACUGAGUCGAAUGGUAUAUAACAUUAUGGGUCUCCGAGGAAUCGUUCUAUAACCGGUUUUUCCAGCGAUUCUAAUUCCUUUCUAUAGAGAAAGACAAAAAUAUAUACAGUAUACGUCGCCUUGACCAUAGUGUACACAGUAAAAAAUUAUGAAAUUUGCAGGUGACGCAAAUCCCCAUGUGACUCAAUUCAUGAGGACGUAAUUUGUAAAAAGACUGAGUUUUACAAGAAUGAUUUGAAUACGUGUCAAACACACCCCGUUUUUCAAGCAGGCGUUUAAUUUUAUAUAUUUCUGCCCUCAAAAGUAUGUCUUAAUGCAUUAAAUAUGUGUUAGAUCUACUGUAAAAAUGAGUCAUUUUUGACGCUCGUAUAUGUCGGUUUCAGACAACGUAAAUUUACACGGUUUUUUCUAGGUGUGUAACUUUUAUCAGUAUCCAAUGAAAAACAGAUCGGAAAAGUGUUGAUAAAUGAGAAAAAACAGAAAAUUUACGAACAAAAAAUUCUUGACGGGUUUUGAACCCGACUUGUUGACAGAAAAGAUGUAAUAUUGUUAAUUUCGUGUGGUGUGUUAUCUUUUGGAGGUGAGGCGAAAAAUCAAACCACACAUCGUUUGUGCAAAGUCUGAACAUGAAACGGAAUUGUGUUCAAAUGGAUUUUUUUUUCGAGUUGUAUCAAAUAAAUAGUUUAAUCGGCAACAUAAUUUACUCGGAUAGUAGUAAGUUGUGGGCUCAAGUUCCGACUCAAGGGUAGUUUUUUCGAAUACUUUCAUUUUUCUUUUACAUUUAGCUGUCGUUUUGCAGCCUGAUUCUCGUUGGGUAGAGAGUGUAACAAACUUGGUAACAACCCAAAUGAGUAGCAACUGUACUUCGAUUGACAGUGAAUUCUGUGAGUCUCAAACAAAUAUAGUGGUGAUAGUUGAUUGAAUAUGAAGAAAUAUGCCAACAAUAGAUGGCGAUGUAAAUUUUCUUCUGAUUCUCUCAUCCGCGAAAUGAAUUCACUAUUUCGAUUCAUGUGGAUUAUUGUUUGGAGUCCAUCAAUAUUGUAUUUGAGAUGUUAUUUUAGUUCUGGUAGUAGUCGAGGUUGAUAGUAUGUUGGUUUGAAGCUGAAGAUGUAUUUGGUUUGUUUUAGAUUUUUAAGCUACUGGUGUAGAAGUAGAAUGUUUCAAUUUAUUGUUCUUUCUUGGUUGUACUGUGGCUAAAGAUGUUGACACAUUUAUGCUGAGUUCAAUGAAAAAUUUCUCGACAGACACCACCCCGAAUCGGAUUAUUUCGAUCGAAUACGAAAUUUUGCAUUCUGUAUCUCGAUCGAUUUUCAUUUUUCCAUACAAAUGCAUCACUCGAUCGAAAUACAGAAUGUAAAUUUACACAUUCGUUCGGAAUAAUCGAAAUACAGAAUAGUGGUGAAAAUUAGCCUCCAGUCACAGGUUUUGUCAGGCUCGGUCUCUAAAGCGAUGUGCGAAAAAAUAGGCUUACUCAAAUAUUCAUCAUGGGGAAAAAACUCGUUACCUUCCAUGUGAAACUAUCACGAAGUGAUGAAAGAAAUUAAAAUAUGAAAUGAAAGUUUAAAAAAUAUCAGGAGAGAAUUGUCAACGCAUCCGUAUUCUUUAACUCGAAAUUGUAUUCAAACUAAAAGAAAACAAUCAACUAUAAAAAUUAUCACAUAAAAAUUACUAUAGCAAAUUGCUGAAUUAACCCCUCAAUAUACACAAGCAUUCAAAACUAUGUCGUCGUUUAUCGAAUCACUUUUAAAAUAUCAAGCUACUGUCAGUAAUAAUAUUAUUGUCGCCUCUACCAAUGUGGUACAACAAGCUACUAGAUCCUGCUAGCUCAGUAAAACAAAAAAAAAACACUCUUAUUUGAAUCUAAUGUAGGUAGUUAUUUCCAAAAAAAAAGAAGAAUGUUUUGAAGAGCAAAAUUAUUCGCAAUGUUGACGAUUAUCGAAUUAUAUAAAAAAAACAACUUAUCCUGUUGAAUCAUCAAAUGACUCGUAAUGAACAUUCUACUCUUCAAACUCAAUGAUUUGGUUUAUUGCUCUACCUUGCUUCCAUUAAAUAUAUUACAUUUUUGGCUUACCACUGACAUAAGUGAACUAUAAAUUCCAUUUUGACUCUCACUUAUUAUGUAUAGUAGGGUAAUGUUUAGCGGAAGAAUUAUAUCGUACAAUUGCCUUUCCAAAUCUCGACUGACGAUGCGAUUGCCUGAGGCACGCUAAGCUAAAUCUAGUUGUAUAUAUUCGUUUGCUCAAGUAUUGUUUUCAGUUUAUGUUCGACUACUAGUGAUGUAAGUAAGCAUUAGUAAUAUCUUGGGAAGGGCACAGUUUGUAAUGGUUUAAAAUUGCUGCAAAGUGUCAACACAGAUGGAACCGAUUACUUCCGGUGGAAAUAAGCACAGCUAAGUUAGCAUACUACGGUAUUAGACGGAAGCAGCCUUUUUUCGGAAGUAACAUGUCACUAUCGGGAGUAUUAGCAGUGUACCAAUCAAAAUAAAACACGCAUGUAUCGCCUUUUUGAAAUUGACAACCAAAAAAAGUUUUUUUUCGGUAAAGUUACUCAUUUUGCAGUAAACUAUUUUACGCAAUGAAUUGGCAAACUCUAUUCUCUUCUUAUUUCGAUUAUAGAGGUUUUAACCCUAUGGUCAUUCGGCUCUUCGUGACCGCACAUAGGCGGGUUGGGAAUUGAAGUGAAAGUAGGUUUUAAUAGCAAAAACAAAUGUAUACUGUACGUAAUUGUAAGAAAUGCAACUAAAUUCGCUUUGCAUUUUGGAUAGCAAUGUAAAUUUCCGAGCCUUUCGUUUGACUUCUGGAAACUUUCCUCGCUGCAGAACGCCUGUUUGACUUAUACUGCUUCUCGCAGACAACUAUAUUUCGCGUUUUCUUGAGGUUCUGCAUGGCCCUUGGACCACCUCCUAAACGUUGUUCGAAACAUCCCAUUCCAUGGCAUUUUCCCGUAAUGCCAAGAUGCUAAAUCAAACCAAAAACAGGACGCAGAAGUUAUGGUUUUUCCAGGAACACCUUCCUUGUUGAUGGUCCCGGUCGCAAUUCAAAUGUCGCUUUUCGUAUUACUGGAACAGAUGACCUGCCACACGAAAUAUUUCUUUGCGAACUUUGACAGCAAUUUUAACAAUCGUUGCCUCCUCUUCCUGCCGUCUUGUCGUAGGUUGCACCAUCGUAAUUAAACUUGCACCUAUUUGUUUAGCUUACAGUUCGGUUCGGUUAUAGACGAUACUUCCAACUUUCUGGCGACAUUUCGGACGGCGAGGUUGGGUUUCGGCUUGGAACAGUUUGGCAUUCAUUUUGACGGCAUCCGGCUUUUAUUUUUCCUCCAACUCAGUCUUUCUGGCUUCACUGAAUACUGUCAACACGUUGAUGACAGUUGAUAGAGUCGAAUUCAAACAGUUUCUCCAACUUGGCGUGGUAGUAGUUCGAGUUCGCACAAUGCGCGAGAAAACUUUUGAAACGUUGCUCCUCUUGUUUCUAUGUCAUUCACACACAGUUGAAGAGCAAAUGGCAAAAUCAAACAGAAGAAUUUUAAGCACAAUGAUAUAAAGCAGAAUCCUACCAUAGUAAUGGUUUUCAUUGAUGUUCUUUGAGGCAUUCAGUCUUGUAAAUUUCACCAAUGUUUGGGCCCUGUUGUGACGAAUAGCCUGCCUAAUAAGAUAUUUCGGUGGGAAAUUUAACAUUUUCUUUCUUUUUUUCGAGACUCAUCCAGCCUGAAUUUUUAUUUUCUGGAGCAAAACUGUUGUUACGCUUUGUUUGUAAAAUGUGAGAGCUGGAUAUCUUGAUAACAUGACGUCUUUGCUUGUCUCCACUUGACUUACUUCCAGCAAGCUUUCCACAUUUCCGUAGAUUAGUAUUGCUCCUGGAAACUCUACUAUUUGCUCCGGAAACUCCACAAAAAUUCAAAUAUUCGUACAUUUCUUCUGCGGUUCUGUAGAAAAUCGUAGAAUCCGUAUAUCUACGGAGAUUUCAGUAGAUCUGACAUCGCUGCUGACUUCCAUCUUGACGGGAUGUAAACAAUACACUGCAAAGAGGAGCUGUGCCAAAUGUGGUUAAUUCCUGUGGGGAAUCGGGAAAUAAAUUUACAACCGUGUUUAUCCUUUACAUUGAUUAGACCUCGCAACGACCGUCUGAUUUAUUGGCUAAUUUUCAGAGUUAUUCUGAGUGGUUAGAUAAUUUCCGAGUGAUAACGAUCAAGAAUUGUACGUCUCUAGAAAAUGAAUACUUCAGUAGAACGUUGAAUAGUAUAGUAAAAAUAAUCGAAUUCGGUGAAAUUUCGAAAGAGAAUCUUUUCAUAUUCGGUUACUUUUAUUGAACGGCUGCUUCCUAUAAUUAUGCGUCACAUUCCAAAAUUAAAAUUUGAUUCGAACAUAAAACAGAUUAGCAUGUUGAAUUAGCUGUGUUAUUUUCCACUACUAAGUAAGCUGAAUACGAAGCAACAAUACGGAAAGCUCAUCGUCUGUCCAAGUGUUAAAGCAAAAAUAGAAUAGUUUCAGUUUUGUAACAAACUACCAAACUGAAAGAAUUGAUAUAAUGUGUGUGUGUUAAUAUGUAAGGCAAAUGUACUUGACAGGACUGGCUGCUGUGCGGUGGUCGAAAAGAGCAAUCAUGUCACAUUAGCCUUUCUGACAGCUCAUUUACAACUACAAAUGCAAAUGAGAUUGAUUUGUUUUCGUCAGGAAACGCCAGCAUUAACCACGAUUCAAUCAACUUCUGUCGACGUCAAGAUUAAUUUAAUAAUUUUUUUAGCCCAAUAUUACUCACGUACCCGACAUCAAAAUAUUCGGAGAACUUGACGUUGUGUUCCUUCAUAUGAAUUGCUUACAAUUAAUGUUUUUCCGUAACCGUUCCAUGCUGGUGAUAGUAGCCCGAUGCCACGUGUGAAUCGCUCUUACAAAUUGUUUUGUUUUCAUCAGGUAAUCACCCCGAUUCUGCAAUCCGACGGAUUUGUGAUACGAACGAAUCCACACUUUCGUUCGAGUUCGAAUUUUGCAUUCUUUAUUCCAUUCGACUUGUAUGAUUCGAUCGAACUCACGUUGAAAUUUCGAACACUAAUUAUCAAAGCUGUCAACACUACUUACACGUUCUAUAUUAUUUAUAUUAUUCAAUUCUUAGUAAACGAAACCGUCACACUUGUAUAAACAAAAUAGAACGAUUCUAAACCGAACAGAAGUAAUACGUACGCAAGUCGAUCGAGUAAUGUUCGAAAAUAGAACAACUCGAACGAAUGAUAUUCGAGUUCAUACCCAACUCGAACGGAAUACAGAAUGGAAAUUGCACAUUCGAUCGGAAUAUUUCGAAUCGAUCGACGUAUAGAAUAGGGGUGAAUGUAUUGGCGACCCAUUUUUCACUAGGGUCGCGUUCAUUUUUCACCGGGCAUAGAAACCUCAAUUGUUUAAUUUGUCUAAUUAACUUUUUAUACGUAGGAUAACGUUUUUCACCUUUUAAACACUCACCCGCACGCAUACGUCGUUUGUACACAUCUGCUUACUUUAUAGAAUGUCUGUGAAAAUUAGGUAUCAUCUAAUCAAUUCUGAAUUAGGUCUACUCAGUACUACACACUCUUAUAGUGACAGACCGGCGGAUGCAUAAGCCACAUAUCUGGCAACCCACUAUCGAAAGAUAUCGCUUGGAAAUGUAUCAGCUUAAGAGUGUAUGUUUUCAUAAACAAUUCUUCUGUCUGGAACAAUCAUUCUACGUGCUAGACUUUCCUUUAUUGAGCUUCCCGCCCGUGGUUAAUGCUGGAGUACACAGAAAAGUUCUGAUUUAUAAGAAAAAUGCAACCUCUUUAAAUCAUUUAUUUUUUCAGAGAAAGAAAAUGCGAAAACGGAAAGAAAAUGAGACAUUUUUGCAAAAUGGCUAUAAAUUAUAGGUGCACCCCACUUUGGUUACACAGAUAAAAAUAUAUUACAUCCAUUUUCAUGCACAUAUUUGGAGUACACAAUUAAAUAUAAAGUUACUACUCAGGUCUUUACUUUUCAAUAUACUUCAAGAACAAAACUAACCGUAAAUCAAAAUAUGUUGUGUAAACCAUUGAAAAAUCAAGGCAUUUCUAAUUUACUUUUACAUCGAUGACGGUUUUCAAUCAAAUUUUUGUUCAAUUGAUGUCUAUUUCAAAAAAUCAUUGAAUUACAAUUUUUUUCUGAAUAUGCUGUUGAGCGGCAGUUAAUAAUGAACAAAUUACUUACUUAUGUCGUUUUCGCUUGAAAAAACGGAAACUGACCCAGAGUAGUUUCAUCAAAUAAAAAUAAUAAUACCCCUAAGUCCCAUACAAACGAACCGCCAAUGUUUGGUUCACAGCCUGAACAAGUAAGCCUAGCAAAUUACUCCCUUUCAUUGCGAUAGUUUGAAAAUGUGGAAGGAGAUCGUUUCUGGCAACACUUUAUGCUAGUUGCUACGGUGCAAAACAAAAUUGUUUGUUUAUGUUUAUCGUAACUGUAUUAAACUGCAACAAUCAGUCUAAAUAUCACCGGCACUAGCACAAAAGAUGAAAAAUGAACACAAACACCCACGAAUCUUGUUCUUACCCUUCAGUGUUGCUAGUUUUAUAGAAAACUCGUUAAAGUACAUUGUCACUCUGACAGUGUAUCAUGACAGUGUACCGCACGAUGCCUUUUUGAAAUUGACAACCAAAAAAAGUUUUUUUUCGGUAAAGUUACUCAUUUUGCAGUAAACUAUUUUACGCAAUGAAUUGGCAAACUCUAUUCUCUUCUUAUUUCGAUUAUAGAGGUUUUAACCCUAUGGUCAUUCGGCUCUUCGUGACCGCACAUAGGCGGGUUGGGAAUUGAAGUGAAAGUAGGUUUUAAUAGCAAAAACAAAUGUAUACUGUACGUAAUUGUAAGAAAUGCAACUAAAUUCGCUUUGCAUUUUGGAUAGCAAUGUAAAUUUCCGAGCCUUUCGUUUGACUUCUGGAAACUUUCCUCGCUGCAGAACGCCUGUUUGACUUAUACUGCUUCUCGCAGACAACUAUAUUUCGCGUUUUCUUGAGGUUCUGCAUGGCCCUUGGACCACCUCCUAAACGUUGUUCGAAACAUCCCAUUCCAUGGCAUUUUCCCGUAAUGCCAAGAUGCUAAAUCAAACCAAAAACAGGACGCAGAAGUUAUGGUUUUUCCAGGAACACCUUCCUUGUUGAUGGUCCCGGUCGCAAUUCAAAUGUCGCUUUUCGUAUUACUGGAACAGAUGACCUGCCACACGAAAUAUUUCUUUGCGAACUUUGACAGCAAUUUUAACAAUCGUUGCCUCCUCUUCCUGCCGUCUUGUCGUAGGUUGCACCAUCGUAAUUAAACUUGCACCUAUUUGUUUAGCUUACAGUUCGGUUCGGUUAUAGACGAUACUUCCAACUUUCUGGCGACAUUUCGGACGGCGAGGUUGGGUUUCGGCUUGGAACAGUUUGGCAUUCAUUUUGACGGCAUCCGGCUUUUGUUUUUCCUCCAACUCAGUCUUUCUGGCUUCACUGAAUACUGUCAACACGUUGAUGACAGUUGAUAGAGUCGAAUUCAAACAGUUUCUCCAACUUGGCGUGGUAGUAGUUCGAGUUCGCACAAUGCGCGAGAAAACUUUUGAAACGUUGCUCCUCUUGUUUCUAUGUCAUUCACACACAGUUGAAGAGCAAAUGGCAAAAUCAAACAGAAGAAUUUUAAGCACAAUGAUAUAAAGCAGAAUCCUACCAUAGUAAUGGUUUUCAUUGAUGUUCUUUGAGGCAUUCAGUCUUGUAAAUUUCACCAAUGUUUGGGCCCUGUUGUGACGAAUAGCCUGCCUAAUAAGAUAUUUCGGUGGGAAAUUUAACAUUUUCUUUCUUUUUUUCGAGACUCAUCCAGCCUGAGUUUUUAUUUUCUGGAGCAAAACUGUUGUUACGCUUUGUUUGUAAAAUGUGAGAGCUGGAUAUCUUGAUAACAUGACGUCUUUGCUUGUCUCCACUUGACUUACUUCCAGCAAGCUUUCCACAUUUCCGUAGAUUAGUAUUGCUCCUGGAAACUCUACUAUUUGCUCCGGAAACUCCACAAAAAUUCAAAUAUUCGUACAUUUCUUCUGCGGUUCUGUAGAAAAUCGUAGAAUCCGUAUAUCUACGGAGAUUUCAGUAGAUCUGACAUCGCUGCUGACUUCCAUCUUGACGGGAUGUAAACAAUACACUGCAAAGAGGAGCUGUGCCAAAUGUGGUUAAUUCCUGUGGGGAAUCGGGAAAUAAAUUUACAACCGUGUUUAUCCUUUACAUUGAUUAGACCUCGCAACGACCGUCUGAUUUAUUGGCUAAUUUUCAGAGUUAUUCUGAGUGGUUAGAUAAUUUCCGAGUGAUAACGAUCAAGAAUUGUACGUCUCUAGAAAAUGAAUACUUCAGUAGAACGUUGAAUAGUAUAGUAAAAAUAAUCGAAUUCGGUGAAAUUUCGAAAGAGAAUCUUUUCAUAUUCGGUUACUUUUAUUGAACGGCUGCUUCCUAUAAUUAUGCGUCACAUUCCAAAAUUAAAAUUUGAUUCGAACAUAAAACAGAUUAGCAUGUUGAAUUAGCUGUGUUAUUUUCCACUACUAAGUAAGCUGAAUACGAAGCAACAAUACGGAAAGCUCAUCGUCUGUCCAAGUGUUAAAGCAAAAAUAGAAUAGUUUCAGUUUUGUAACAAACUACCAAACUGAAAGAAUUGAUAUAAUGUGUGUGUGUUAAUAUGUAAGGCAAAUGUACUUGACAGGACUGGCUGCUGUGCGGUGGUCGAAAAGAGCAAUCAUGUCACAUUAGCCUUUCUGACAGCUCAUUUACAACUACAAAUGCAAAUGAGAUUGAUUUGUUUUCGUCAGGAAACGCCAGCAUUAACCACGAUUCAAUCAACUUCUGUCGACGUCAAGAUUAAUUUAAUAAUUUUUUUAGCCCAAUAUUACUCACGUACCCGACAUCAAAAUAUUCGGAGAACUUGACGUUGUGUUCCUUCAUAUGAAUUGCUUACAAUUAAUGUUUUUCCGUAACCGUUCCAUGCUGGUGAUAGUAGCCCGAUGCCACGUGUGAAUCGCUCUUACAAAUUGUUUUGUUUUCAUCAGGUAAUCACCCCGAUUCUGCAAUCCGACGGAUUUGUGAUACGAACGAAUCCACACUUUCGUUCGAGUUCGAAUUUUGCAUUCUUUAUUCCAUUCGACUUGUAUGAUUCGAUCGAACUCACGUUGAAAUUUCGAACACUAAUUAUCAAAGCUGUCAACACUACUUACACGUUCUAUAUUAUUUAUAUUAUUCAAUUCUUAGUAAACGAAACCGUCACACUUGUAUAAACAAAAUAGAACGAUUCUAAACCGAACAGAAGUAAUACGUACGCAAGUCGAUCGAGUAAUGUUCGAAAAUAGAACAACUCGAACGAAUGAUAUUCGAGUUCAUACCCAACUCGAACGGAAUACAGAAUGGAAAUUGCACAUUCGAUCGGAAUAUUUCGAAUCGAUCGACGUAUAGAAUAGGGGUGAAUGUAUUGGCGACCCAUUUUUCACUAGGGUCGCGUUCAUUUUUCACCGGGCAUAGAAACCUCAAUUGUUUAAUUUGUCUAAUUAACUUUUUAUACGUAGGAUAACGUUUUUCACCUUUUAAACACUCACCCGCACGCAUACGUCGUUUGUACACAUCUGCUUACUUUAUAGAAUGUCUGUGAAAAUUAGGUAUCAUCUAAUCAAUUCUGAAUUAGGUCUACUCAGUACUACACACUCUUAUAGUGACAGACCGGCGGAUGCAUAAGCCACAUAUCUGGCAACCCACUAUCGAAAGAUAUCGCUUGGAAAUGUAUCAGCUUAAGAGUGUAUGUUUUCAUAAACAAUUCUUCUGUCUGGAACAAUCAUUCUACGUGCUAGACUUUCCUUUAUUGAGCUUCCCGCCCGUGGUUAAUGCUGGAGUACACAGAAAAGCUCUGAUUUAUAAGAAAAAUGCAACCUCUUUAAAUCAUUUAUUUUUUCAGAGAAAGAAAAUGCGAAAACGGAAAGAAAAUGAGACAUUUUUGCAAAAUGGCUAUAAAUUAUAGGUGCACCCCACUUUGGUUACACAGAUAAAAAUAUAUUACAUCCAUUUUCAUGCACAUAUUUGGAGUACACAAUUAAAUAUAAAGUUACUACUCAGGUCUUUACUUUUCAAUAUACUUCAAGAACAAAACUAACCGUAAAUCAAAAUAUGUUGUGUAAACCAUUGAAAAAUCAAGGCAUUUCUAAUUUACUUUUACAUCGAUGACGGUUUUCAAUCAAAUUUUUGUUCAAUUGAUGUCUAUUUCAAAAAAUCAUUGAAUUACAAUUUUUUUCUGAAUAUGCUGUUGAGCGGCAGUUAAUAAUGAACAAAUUACUUACUUAUGUCGUUUUCGCUUGAAAAAACGGAAACUGACCCAGAGUAGUUUCAUCAAAUAAAAAUAAUAAUACCCCUAAGUCCCAUACAAACGAACCGCCAAUGUUUGGUUCACAGCCUGAACAAGUAAGCCUAGCAAAUUACUCCCUUUCAUUGCGAUAGUUUGAAAAUGUGGAAGGAGAUCGUUUCUGGCAACACUUUAUGCUAGUUGCUACGGUGCAAAACAAAAUUGUUUGUUUAUGUUUAUCGUAACUGUAUUAAACUGCAACAAUCAGUCUAAAUAUCACCGGCACUAGCACAAAAGAUGAAAAAUGAACACAAACACCCACGAAUCUUGUUCUUACCCUUCAGUGUUGCUAGUUUUAUAGAAAACUCGUUAAAGUACAUUGUCACUCUGACAGUGUAUCAUGACAGUGUACCGCACGAUGCAAAAUGUGUCCUUGAAAGUUUGUCGAAGUAUUCCGUACUAUAAUUUGUAUUUGGUUUCAUCAAGCAAACACUUUUCACGAAACUGUGUUGAUUUCGCACUUAGCAACAGGGGUUUGAGCAAACCUGAUAUAACAACCAGGUUCGAAAUUGACUCGAUUUUCAGUUCAACAACGUUAAAACUAGGUUCGAAACAAGCUUCAAACAAACGGUUUGACAGCAGUUAGGGUGGAAACUGGGUUAGGUUUGGCAUCAAACGAAAACGUUAUAAAAUUUACUCUCGAAUGUUGAAAUUUGAAGACCUGGUUCAGUAAUUACUGAAAAAUGAGCUACUCUAGGUUUGAAAUGAACAAAACUGUAAACUACAGAAUUCACGUGAAACGUUAUCAGCUUUCGGUUAGGCAAUUCAAAUUUGAUACAUCAAUUCAUUGACACCUGUUAGUAGCUGUCAAACGAUGAGGACAAACGAUGAGACGCGUGUUCAGAUGCUUCUUGAAUACACUGCCGGAAUGUGAUCGGUUGACCAGAAUGAGCAUCAUCUUCAUUGUGAAAAAAACGGGAUCCGUGCAUUGUAUCUAAGUAGCCAAAACGGUUCGUCUAUUGCAUGACAACAAGAAAACGGAAACGUGCAAAAAUCGGCCAUAAAUUGAUUGUUUAAAAUGUGCCAAUAUUUUGACAGAACGCAAAAAAUCAUUAGACUUUAAUUUGCUCGAAGAGAAAUCAUAAGUAUUAGCUAAAAAUAUAGUAUUAUUUAAACGAAGCUGUAAGGAUCCGUGAAUUGGAGGUUGGAGGAGGCCGCUUUUUUUUAAAUCAACAUACAAAAUUAUUCCGAAAACCGCAACUAGUCUUUGCAACGCUGAAACCAACAAAAAAAAUGCAAAGUAGAAGGAAACUCAACAAAUCAGUCAACAAAGUAAUGUUAGUAACCAAGAAUAGAAAAAUGAGUCAAAUUUACCCAAUACUAAUGAAACAACAGAAUGGAGAAACAAUCGGUACCUUUAAUUGUUAAUGGUGGAACAGUUAAAAUUUAUAAACCUACAUAAAACAUCUCACAAAUUUACACUUCUUUAUAGCCUUUGCAUUAAUAUUCAAAUAACAAUAAAUAUAUUUCAUACAAAACACACAAAACUGUCACGAAUCUCAACGUACAUAGCUGAAAUCUUAGCGCAAAGAAGUUAAUCAAAAGUUUUAAACAUACUCAACUCGAAUGAAACCAACGUACGACAAAGCGGCAAGAAACUGGAGGAAAUUAUAUUCACAAAGAUAUUUAUUUAAGCAACGCAAGAAAGAAUUGAAAUACAAGAUGUAUAAUCUAGUUAGAAGAAACGAAACAACUGUAUAUUUAUUGAUUAAUUUAGAGAGGAAAGGAAAAAGAAAACAUAGAAAAAUAGAAGUUUGGAAAAAUCUUAAACUUCUGAAAUGCAUUGAUUAUUACAAGAUUCAAUUAAUAGGUAAUUGAAAUGUGAGUGUCUGCAUGUGUUGUCGGGUAUAUGGAUUUGAGAGUUUAACAAACAGAUCAAGCGGUAGCCGUAACAGGUGUAGAAAAAGAUUAAAAUAAUUAUAGACAUGUUUGUACCACCACCAAUAAAAAUAGUAACAUGUA